AUGGGUAUUGACCAUUACAUAGUCCCUACCAUUUAUAUACUCUAUAUUCCUCAGACUGUGAGGGACGGUGCUGUCAUUCCAACACAUAAGAGGUUUUCCUGUCCUGAGUGUGGGAAGUGUUUUAAUUUUAAAUCCAAUCUUAAUGUACAUGAAAAGUCUCACAUUAGGGAGAAGCUGUAUUCCUGUCCUGUGUGCGGGAAAUGUUUUUCAGACAAGUCUAAUUUUUACACACAUCAGAGAUGUCACACAAGUGAGAAACUGCAUUCAUGUUCUGAGUGUGGGAAAUGUUUUGUACAAAAGUCAGAACUUGUUGUACAUCAAAGAUCUCACACGAGGGAGAAGCCGUAUUGUCCUGAGUGUGGAAAAUGUUUUUCUGACAAAUCCAACCUUGACAGACAUCUGAGAACGCACACGGGUGAGAAGCCGUAUUCUUGCUCUGAGUGUGGGAAAAGUUUUGCACAAAAAUCUGUUCUUGUCACACAUCAAAGGUUUCACGCAGGGGAAAAAGCAUAUUCAUGUUCCGAGUGCGGGAAACGUUUUGUAAAAAAAUCAGAUCUUGUCACACAUCAGAGGUCUCACACGGGGGAAAAACCAUAUCCAUGUUCGGAGUGCGGGAAAUGUUUUGUAAAAAAAUCAGUUCUUGUCAAACAUCAGAGGUCUCACACGGGUGAGAAGCCGCAUUCCUGUCCUGAGUGCGGGAAAUGUUUUUCGGCUAAGUCACAUCUUUCCAGACAUCAGAGGUUGCACACGGGUGAGAAGCCGUAUUCCUGUGCUGAGUGCGGGAAAUGUAUGUCAAAUGAAUCACAUCUUUACCGACAUCAGAAAUCACACACGGGGGAGAAGCCGUAUUCCUGUGCUGAUUGUGGGAAAUGUUUUUCCCAGAAGUCCCAUCUUUCCAGACAUCUGCGAUCCCACACAGGUGAGAAGCUAUAUUCCUGUCCUGAGUGUGGGAAGGGUUUUUCAAGGAAUUCAAAUCUUUUCAGACAUCAGAGACUGCACACGGGGGAGAAGUCACUUCCCAGUCCUACCUUCUUAGAUGAAACCUACCCAUUGGCAGGUCCUCAAAAUGAGUUCAUCACCGAGAUGCUGGAGUUUGCUCUGAAUAAUAACAACUUCCAAUUCAUGAGCACAUAUUAUCGCCAAAUAAGAGGCACGUCUAUGGGUGCAGCAUGGGCACCCGCCUACGCUUGCCUGCACUUGGGGCACUGGGAGGCAGAGGACGUCUACACGGCAUCGAUGUACCGCCGCCAUGUACUCACCUGGUGGCGGUACAUCGAUGACGUGCUCAUGUUGUGGCGAGGCACCACUGAGCAGCUUCGACUGUUCAUGUGUGAACUGAAUGAUAAUCAACGCAAUAUACGCUUGACAUACACCUCGCACACACAAGAAUUGUCGUUCCUCGACUUGAAAAUCAGAUUAGAGGAGGGACAAAUUAAUACCAGCACCUACCGCAAGGACACAGCUGCGAAUACGCUGCUCCAUGCCACAAGUCACCAUCCCGCUUCGCUCAAAAAUGGAAUUCCAAUAGGACAAUUUUUGCGCAUCAAGCGCAAUUGUUCCAAACCAAGCGACUACUAUCGCGAAAGUCAAGACCUUUACAAUCGAUUUCGAGAACGCGGGUACUCACAUAGACAAAUAAAAAAUGCCCGCAAAAAAGCAGCAAAUAGGGAGCGCAAAGAACUACUUACAAUCAAAAGUGAUCCAACAGACAAAUUACCCCAAAAUUCCGUUCAACCUAUACGGAUUAUUACUCCCUUUGGAAUACAGUGGGAGGAAUGUGCUGAGUGCGGGAAGUGUUUCCGUUUUCGUUCCAAACUUAAUGUGCAUAAAAGAACUCACACAGGUGAGAAACCACAUUCCUGUCCCGAGUGUGGAAAAUGCUUUGUCGAAAAAUCACAACUUGUCAGACAUCAAAGGUCUCACACGGGGGAGAAGCCAUAUUCCUGUCCUGUGUGCCGGAAAUGCUUUUCAGAUAAAUCCAAUCUUUACAAACAUCAGAGAUUGCACACGGGUGAGAAGCCGUAUUCCUGUUCUGAGUGCGGGAAAUGUUUUAUGCAAAGAACACACCUUGUCACACAUCAAAGGUCUCACAUGGGGGAAAAACUCUAUUCCUGUUCUGAGUGCGAGAAAUGGUUUCCAAUGAAGUCCCAACUUUACAAACAUCAGAGAUCUCACACAGGUGUAAAGCCGUAUUCCUGCCUUGUGUGUGGGAAAGGUUUUUCAGAUACGUCCACUCUUUACACACAUCAGAAAUUGCACACGGGUGAGAAGCUGUUUUCCUGUUCUGAAUGUGGAAAAUGUUUUGUAGAAAAAUCCACACUUGUAAGGCAUAAAAGGUCUCACACCGGUGAGAAGCCAUAUAUCUGUCUUGAGUGUGGGAAAUGUUUUUCACAGAAGUAUAUUCUUAACAGACAUGAGCGAUCUCACACGGGGGAGAAGCCGUAUUCCUGUUCUGAGUGUGGAAAAAGUUUUGCAGAUAAGUCUACUCUUUCCACGCAUAAGAGAUCUCACACGAGGGAGAAGCCACGUUACUGUCCUGAGUGAGGGAAUUGUUCCUCACUAAAGUCCUGUUGUCUUGUACUGUAUAUCGGGUCCCACAUAACCCUCGAGGUGUAUUAGUGAGUGCGGGAAAUGUCUUGUAUGCGAAUGUUGCUGGACAUGUGGGGAAGAAGCACACCCUGAUAUACACCUCAGAUAUACUCCAUGGCUGAUCUUCAUCAUGUAAGAAACACUUCAUAGACCUCAACCGUAGCUUGACCUUUUGACUUAGAUGUCCUAUUGAAUGAAUAAUACAACAGUGCCAUCUAGAGGUUAGAUUGGUAAAUGUUUCUCCCAUUGAAACACAGUAUUGAGAAAGGGGGGACCACACGCUUGUGGGGAUAAUAAAACUUUCCAAAUAAAAAAAGUUGAUAAGGAGAUCAGAGAUCACCAAAGACAUGGAUGAAGUGUUGUACCGUGUUGGCCAUUGAUAGCAGGAGAAAAAUAAAAAUGGAGUCAUUACCUCUCAUUGGCUGAGUAGAUUUUGUGGUGGAAACUCUUGCAAGAGGUCUGUAUUCUCAAGUCGUCUUCCAGGACGAAACGCGUUAACCCCACCACUUAAAAGGCUGCCCUCUAGGCAUUUUAAAAUAA